AGAGUCCGCCGCGUGCGGUGGAUGCUGGGAUACGCCCCUCGACUAGACCACUGGACUGGAUUGGACAGGUUCUACAAGGGCUACCCGACCGCAACGGGCGUCUUCGCGGCCGACUAUUUGACCGCGAGACAGGAGCGCAUGCGCAGAUUCCUGGAGUCUCUUCACGACGACCACGACGUACACACACGGUUCGCCUACGUCGAGCAGCCCCAGUCCGAGCCGACGUACGUGGCAUCGCAGAACAGGGUCGCCCUUCCGGCGGCCUCCAUGCUCCCGCCCAUGUUCGACGAGCGUAGCCCGCCGGCGGUCAACUACGGACUCCUGGGCUCGGUCUUGUUGAGGGCUAUGGCCCGCGUCGCCAUCAACGUGGCCGAAAUCAAGCACGAGGAAGCCGAGCGGGUAGCCUGGAGCGGUGGAAUUGUCAAACAGUUCGUCGGAAGGUUGACAUGCAGACAAAUGUCUGCGGGCGUCGAGAACGAUGCGCCCAGGCUUCCGAGCGUGUCCGUCGGUGGGCACGCCCUCCUUCGGGCAUACCGAGAUGCUGCCGCCCAUGACGUGCGGCGUCGUUCGCUGCCCACGGCGGAGCGCAAGAGACGCAGCCGGCUGUUCUUCCUAAGCCGUUGCCUGCUCUUCUGCGCCGACGAUCACAGUACAGCCUCAAACUCCGCGAACCACCGCUGCAACGUGAUGGCGCACCGAUCGUCCGAGUUCGCGGAGGCCUUCGGUUGUCCCGGCUGGCGGAACAGGACACGCGACCGGUGCGAUGUCUGGUAGAUGGGCGAGACACUGAUGCGGCCUCCGAGCUCCGAAACCGGCACGCGCUGAUCUCGGAGGCUUACGGGCUGGGAUACUUGACGAGGACUCCCGUUUUGGUUCUAAAUUGCCUCACGCAGAACGUCGCUGUUUUAAGAGGAAAACUACAGUUGGUGUGUCAGCCUAACACGUUGUUAUUCCUUCUGCGCCACCUGCCGGCCCUUGUGUAACAUUAAGUGUACCGUUGUCCUUCUAAGCAACGUACACGAAAAGUUAGUUU